GGUGUCCCAAAAACUACAUGGCCUACUACAGGAGAGCUACAGUCUUUCUAGCAAUGAGGAAGUCCAAGUCUGCGCUGCCAGAUUUGAGCAGAGCUAUCGAACUCAAACCCGACUUCACAUCUGCUCUCCUUCAGAGAGGAAAUCUCUAUCUGAUGCAAGGGAGGCUCGAUGAAGCAAAGAGGGACUUGAAGAAGCUGAUGAAGUCCAACCCUUGCGCCGAAGAGAUGAGGGAAGCCCAGAGCCUGCUGACAAAGGCGGGUGAGAUUGAGCGCCUGGUGGAUCAGGCCCGCAUCAGCUUGUGGAGAAGGGACUAUGAGACAGCUGCAGCCCAGCUCAGCACGGUCAUUGAGACCUGCGUUUGGGAUGCAGCCUCUCGUGAGACUCGAGCGGAGUGUUUUCUUCAAAUGGGGGAGAUGGGGAAGGCCAUCGGGGACCUCAAAGCUGCAUCCAAGUUAAAGAGCGACAACACCAAGGCUUUCUACAAACUCGCCACCAUCUAUUAUAAUCUGGGAGACCAUGACAUGUCCCUCAUUGAGGUCCGCGAGUGCCUGAAGCUUGAUCCUGAUCACAAAUACUGUUACAGCCAUUACGAGAAGGCCAAGAAGCUCAACAACCAGAUCCAGUCUGCAGAGGAACUCAUCCGAGAGCAGAGGUAUACAGACGCAGUGAGAAAAUACGAGACAGUGAUGAAGACCGAGCCCAACGUGCGGCAUUUCUCUCUCCUCGCCAAGGAGCGCAUGUGCCACGCGUUGGCACAGGGCCAGCAGGCCGGCAGAGCUAUCUCAGUGUGUGGCGAAGUCCUCCAGGCAGACCCGGAGAACGUUAGCGUGCUGAAGGACAGAGCUGAGGCGUAUGUCCAAGAGGAAGAGUUUGAGGAAGCUAUUAAGGACUACAAGGCUGCUGCAAAACACAGCGAGAAUGACCCUCGGAUUAAAGAAGGUUUGAAGAAAGCCCAACAACUUCUCAAAGAGUCUCAGAAGAGGGAUUAUUAUGACAUCCUGGGAGUGAAAAGAACUGCCCAGAAGAAUGACAUUGUGAAAGCCUACAGGAGACUGGCACAAAAGUGGCAUCCUGACAUGUUCCAGGAUCCAUUUAAAAAGAAGAAGGCUGAGAGGAAGUUUGUGGAGAUCGCUCUGGCCAAAGACGUUCUUACUGACCCAGUUCUGAGAGCCGCAUACGACCAGGGUAGGACCCCAUGAAUAUGAAAAAUCCAGCAGGGUCAUCGUCAUCAGCACUAACAUGGAGGAUCCGAGGGCUUCCAGGUUCUCAACCCAUUUAGCUCCAGACCAUUACAUUUUAUAUUCAACUUCAACUGAGAAAUCUCAUCCAGCACAGCAGGGGCUUAUUUUAGUUUUUUCGGAACUUCGGGAACGCCAUAAAUCUCACAAAAAU